GCCUCAUCCAGCAAAAAUCAAAUCAAAACAAACGCACGACGAACGAUGAGGUGAUUCCCAAGUGCCAGAAUUUCGCAGGUCGUGCCAUGAGUCGUGAAAGGUCACGUUUGUCGUAAAAACGACCACCUUAACCUGACACGAUGGAUUAUUUCACCUCUGGCUUGCAGCGUCAAGCCAACUUCCAAAUUAGCGACUGCUCGCAGAAUUUUUUGCAGAGAAUUUCAAACCUCUGCGGCAGCUACGAGAUGAGCGACGUGACGCUGGUGGUCGGUGGCACCGAAUAUCCUGCUCACCGCCUUCUUCUUUGCCUCUCCAGUGAAGUUUUCAGGGUCAUGCUCAUGAACAAAGAAUGGAACGAAGCCCAGGAAAGAAAAGUGGUUCUGCAGGAGUCUACGCAGUGCUGCAAACACUUUCAUAAGUUCCUAGCCUUCUUCUAUCGAGGCAAAAUCUGCAUUUCGGUGGACGAUUGCCUACCCAUCCUCUGCCUUGCCGACAAGUACAAUGUGAAGGAAUUAAGUGCCACUUGUUUGGAAUAUAUGUGUCUGCACAUAGCCUACGCUGCCACCAAUAGCAUUCUGCUCUCUUGGAUGCAGUACACAAACUGCUGCGGACACACUGCCGCUGCUCAGGCUUGCCAGAACUUUGUGCUAUGGAACUUCUCCACUGUAGCUCGCGCUGAUGACUUUUGCUACCUUGAACUAGAGUCGAUCAUUUCCAUUCUGCAGCAAAAUGAUCUCGUCGUAAAAGAUGAACUAGAGCUUUACAGACUCGUGAUAUACUGGCUGGAGCUGCAAAAGCUUCGUCUGGCUGAAUCGGACUUAGAUACUGAGGAAACAUUAGCAUCAUACACUCAGGCAACAAUGAAGUGCAUUCGCUUCCCCAUGAUGACACCAAGGCAACUGGCGGAUCUGCUGCUGCAGAAUGAAGUCAAAAAGUACAAAGAAUUUUUCGUCGACCGGCUGGCCCUAGGGAUGGCUUUUCACUCUGAUGAGAAGCAGCAAUUAGCCAAGCUAAUGGAAGGAGAGUCAGAGCUAAUGUUGGUGCCGCGAAUUUACACAGCAGACACUUGGAGCUCAGUGGUGGUCAUCGAGAAGUACUCGGACAUCCAGUCAUAUCACACAAGCACCCUGGUCUUCUCUAUACCUGCCUCUUUUUCUGAAUGCAACCAGAGUAGUCACAUUGAGUGGGUUGUUGACUUUUACCCACGAGGUUUGUGGUACCCCAAGGGUCUGCUUAUCACCUGGGAGGGCACUAAGGAGGUGCCGGAGGCUGUGCUCAAAACUUGCAGACUUUCCAUCACCUGCCGGGACCCUGAGACUUUAGAACGCAAUCACUUCCAUGCCAAAAUCGGUGUCCUUGUUAGCGGAAUGAGUGCCGGAAUCGAACAUGUGGCCAAUGUUGUUUACAAACACCACUACUUUGACAGGGGCAAUAGUGUGCUGCACCUGGACGAUGUUCUGCCUUAUGAGAAGUUGCUGAGAAGCAAGUUUUUAGUAGGUGAACAUUUGGAUACGCUCAAACUCAGAAUUGUGAUCCAACCACUUGAUGAUGUCGUCAGAUAGUGCAUUUCCAUUCAAACAAAGUCACCUUGUGUAUUUUCUACUGAAAUAAACACUAAAUCUAUACCAAAUAAACGUUUUAACUUAAAAUCUUAUUUAAACAUCUCAGCAAAUGUGGCAAGAAAUUACUAUUUUAAACUGGAAUGUAUAUAUUUCAAUAAUUCAAAUAAUUUAUUUGUAAGAAGCAGGCUAAGCAUUGCUUCAAUGCAACGCGCGUAGCAUUACAAAGUUACGGACCGUGACAUCAUUAAGUUAUUUGACUUUCAGAUUGAAGAGUCUCUUUGGCAGGUCAUUUGAU